UUUUUUGUUAAUUUAGUUUGGAAAUACACUACUUCAUUAUGCUUGUCAGUAUAGUUGGCAAUCUAUAGUUUCUGACUUACUUUCACGUCCUGAUGUCAAUCCUGUUGCAAGAAAUCAUAAUAACCAAACACCGAUUGAAUUAAUUCCUCGUCGUGGUAAAAAAAGGACAAUUAUCCUAGAUUCGUUUGAGCGUUUUGAAUCGUGCCAAAUCAAUUAUAAAAUUCAAAGUUACACCAAAGUCUUUAUAUGUGGUAAUAAAGAUGCUGGAAAGUCAUCACUUGCUAAAAUCAUUGAAGACAGAUCAAAUCUUGAUUAUGAUCCUUCAAAGGAGGUAACAGGAGUAACAUUACAAACAGCUGGUAUAGAGCCACACAAUAUCAUUAGUCAUGAGAUUGGUAACACCACAUUGUUUGAUUUUGCUGGUCAUCCUGAAUAUUACAGUAGUCAUGCUGCAGUACUAGAGAAUCUUAUGGUGUCCUCUCCUGCAGUUUUUCUUAUAGUAGUUAGCCUCAUUAGUAGUAUCGACACCAUAAAAAGGGAACUUUAUUUUUGGCUUAAUUUCAUUGAGAAUGCUUGUGUGGAAUUAUCUGUGCCAUCACAAGUGCUAGUUGUUGGAAGUCGUGCCGAUAAGGUUCCUAUCAGCACUGAUGAUUAUGCUGAACUAGUUAAAUAUGUUGUAAAUAGGGGAAUUAAAGUGCAACUUUUUAAAAAAUUUGUACCAGCUGAUUGUCACAUGAUAGGAGGAAAAGGGAUUAAGGAAUUGAUGCAUCUGAUAGCUAGCAGUUGCCAAGAGUGUUUGAACGCCUCAGUUUCAAUCAGCUAUUACUGUAACGUCCUCUUUUCUUUUCUUGAAAAUGAUUUAAAUAAAGAAUUCAUUAGUUUCAAGGAGCUUAUUGUGGAGUUAAAGAAAGUAGAUCUCCCUUCUCUGCCAUCAGACUCUUCUGUCGUCUUUGAGUUGUUAAUUUCACUCAGUGAUAAGGGCCUCAUCUUGUACUUGCCUUCUUCCUCUAGUCAUAGUUGGAUCAUUAUUAAUAAAAAUGCUUUACUGACUGAGGUCACUGGAGUUUUAUUUGCUCCUAAAGCUAUUAAAAGAGUUUAUCGGAAAAUAACUAGUAACACUGGCAUUAUUCCUCACUCAGUUCUUGCAGAGUUAUUUCCCAAUUAUGAUCUAACUAUGCUCACUGACUUCCUUGUCAGUUUAAAAUUUUGUAGUUACAUCAAAAGGAAUGAAGCAUCAUCAGAUGAUGUUUUAUUCUUUCCUUCUCUUGUACAUACCAUGUGUCCAUCCUCAAUUAGUUUUGAUCCUGAAUUUGGUUGGUGCUUAUGGUGUGAUCCUAAAAAUCCUCACCAGUUCUUAUCGACUCGAUUUCUUCAUGUUCUUCUUCUUCACUUUUCAUUUAAAUAUCGUGAUAAUGAUCUAGCUGGUAAGAUUGAUAUUGAUCCAGCUCAGCAGUACGAGAGUCUGUGUACUGUAUGGAAGAAUGGCAUAUUCUGGAGUCACAAGGGUAUUAAAGUACUGUUAGAAGUGUCAGAAAGUAAUCGUGGCAUUACAUUACUUCUCUCUAAAAAAGAUGGCGAAAAAGCUUUGGAAUUGUGUUCAUACAUCUUGAAUGAGAUUCACGACCUUAUAAAUAAAUAUUGUCUCUGUGAAAGCACAGAAUAUAUUAUUGCUCCAACUGAUUUGACUUUUGAAGUUAGAAAGAAGAGUGUAAGUGAGAGAUGCCUCAUUCCUUUACCAUCUGUAGCUAAGGCUGUUUUUAGUAGAGAGGAAACUGUGUAUGUGAACCAUAAAAAAGAGGAAAAAGAGUUUAAAACUACAUCAAUUAUCAAUGAUUGUGAGCCUUAUCAUCAACUUCAUAAACUUAAACCUGAAAUAGUCAUGAAACUUUUUGAUCGUGAGAAUGCAGCUCUUACUGAGGACGAGUUUAUACAACUUCAGUUGAUUUGUCCUCUAGUAUUUAAAGGAUUGACUUCAACAUCUACUCAGUCAUUGAGAGAACGCAUCAGCAAGUUCAGUUUAUUCACUGGAUUCAAUUUUUCGAAUUUUAUUACUGAGCCGCUGCAGAUUCUGCGAUCUCAAACUUUCUCAGCUACAUCCAAAACUAGUCCUUUGCCCACAUGUAUAAAACCAAAAAUGAUAAGCUUACUAUUAUUCUAUUUUAUAUAUCAUAGGUUUAGGAUUGAGUACACGGUAGUAGUAUGA